CAGUCUCAGCUAAUCUCCUUGUAGAGCUAAGAUGCGUUUUUCUUACAAAAGUGCACACUUUGCUCUUGUUUUAUACGUCCUCAUCACUACUUGCUCAGGCCAAGUAUUCAUCAGAGGAAAUGAGGAACCGCUUACGAUCGGUCUGUCCCGGGACCUCAACUGCAUGUGGAGCGGAGGAGGCAACGUUUCAACGAUUGAAUGGUUCGUUGUUGGUCUGGAGGCCAUGGCCAUCGAGACGGCGACUGAGACGACAUCAGUCGUCCUCACCCUCACUCCGGACGAUGACGGACUGGAUGGAGCGAUGCUCUUGUGCAAAGUAACUCUGUCCAGCGGUCAAGAAGCAGAGGAAACUAUUACUCUCAGUGUUCAAGCAAUUCAAAAUGAAGUUUCUAUUUCCUCAAUGAUGAAUGCAACAGCCGGCCAGCCCUACAUUCUGGUGUGUACGGUCCAAUCAGAGAGAGCGUCCAACUUGAGCUGGAUCGAUCCGAAUGGAGUUGCAUGUCCUCAGGAUGACCCACACAUGACGGUCUCCUACAUUGGCUGGAGUGAGGGAUUGAGUACACUCGAACUGACAUUCGACUCCAUUAGAACAUCUCAGAGUGGUGUUUACAAAUGCAUUUCUAAUAUUGUUUUUCCUUCAUCAAAGAGUGAGGAUUCCUUUCUGGUUCAUAUCCAAAUACCUGAGCCGACAGUGACGAUACUGAGAGCUCCAGAACACCCUGUGCAGCUGUUUACCAAUGACUCUCUGGUGCUGACAUGUGUAAUAGAACUCAUUCCAGACGUGGAUUCCUACGUGGCAAUUAACUCUCAAUGGAGGGGUCACUCGUCCCUCACUGAUAGUGAGAGACGGGUCAUAGUGUCCGAUUUAGAGGGAGUUCAACUCUUUUACAACACCUCUGUGACAUUUAGUGCAUUAAAAUCCAGUGACAGUGGUUCCUACACUUGCUCAGCUACUGUUAGCCCCAUCGAACCAGAGAGCCAUCUGAUGCAGAGCCAUCUCGUUGAAGAGACUAUUACAAUUUCAGUUGUUUUAAGUGUGACUGUACAGGUGACCUACAGCCCUCCAUCUGCUUUCAUUCUGCCUAGUCCACCCUACUAUCAUCCAACCUCUUCUGUGACAUUAACAUGUCGUGCUCACCAUGCCACUGGUUCUGUGACCUACCGAUGGUCCUCUACUUGCAGUAGCUGCUUUGCAAGUAGUGGUACAUCUCAAGCAAUCAGUGAUUCAAUGCUGCAAUCAAAUGAUGCUGGAGUUCAUACAUGUACAGUUACUGACAGCAAUGGCAAUACUGGAAGUAACAGUACAGAAAUGAGACUAAUCGGUUCUGGAAUAUAUGUCCAAACAAGUCGGAAUCUAAACACUGCUGCUGUUAAAAACAAUAGCCUUGUAAUAGUGAGACCGAGACCAUCAUGCUAUUACUGCCAAGAUACUGUGGUGGAUUUGUACUGCCACUCUAACGCAACAUCACAAACAGUUGGUUACUUCAGAUACCCCAAUGGAAAUAGAUAUUCUACCUCCUCGGACUCUUCUUAUUACACAGAACAACGUAGUUACUCGGGCAUUCGUCUGUAUGGUACUUCUUCACAAUAUUAUGGCUCUGUAAGUAUAUGGGGUAUAUUUACUUGUGAACUGACUAAUGCUGAAGGAAAUAGAGUUGAACAGAGCAUAGGGAUUUACUCUUCAAUGCCAAGUGCACCAUCGGUAUAUAGAAUGAAGUAUAAUGAUUGGAGUAGUGCUUCUACUACUUUUCUUGCUAGUGUAGAAUGUCUCACUCAAAAUUCUCCACCAACUACUGUGACUUGGCUAAGAGAUGGGGUAACAGUGCAAGUAGAUGGAACAGCGUAUGAGAUGAUACAAACCGUGAUUGAGCGCCAAUCAUAUUCAAGAUAUAACAAUACUUUAGUCAUUAAAGAUGUUUUUGAAUUAGCUGGAGAUCACAAUUACUGUUGCGGAGUUUCAAACUCAGCUGGCACCAGCAGCUCUCAAUGCAUUGCUACAACAUGGAGUGCUCAGCCUGAUGUUAUGGUUACCAUGCCAGAGGAAGCUAUCUACUCUAAACCAUUCCAAGCAACUUGCAGAGCAAGUCUUCAGCCAAGAGUGGCCCCUUACCUGACCCAGUACCUGACUGUUGAAUGGAUGGGAGCUGAGGGGGAGUACCUUACUUCAGGAGGUGCUGUUACCAUCGAAAAACAACAGACCUUUUCUACUGCUGCCACUAAAGAUUUGGUCUUUAACCCUCUGAAUAUGACUCAUGGAGGAAACUAUUCUUGUGAAGCUAAAGUGGUGCUACCUGACUCUGCUGGAUCCUUCAACACCACGCAUCAGUAUCAUCUCAAUGUCAUCAGUGAGGUCGUGAGAGUUUUCGAAUGCUAACAUUUGUUGAUCUUUUCACAGACAGAACUCUUAUUCAACUUAAAUUUGGCCCGGUUAUUCACUGUUCAAAGUGGUAUGAAGACAGGGUAAAUGAAUUGACUAUAAUAGAUAACAUAAUUUUAUUAUCAUUGUUACAUAAUAAUUAUGUCAGCAUAUGUCGAGUCAUCUGGAGGAGAAUAUCAAGCAGACUCUGACAAAUCUCAUUAACAAGAACUGCAGCUGUGACUUCCAAAUUUUUCAGAUUCAUGAGGGAGAAUUUAGCUGUCGCUCUGGCGAUGAUGGCUAUGUCACUUAUAGGGCAAGACUAACAGGGAGCAGUGAUACAGAGAGUAUACCACCAGUGCUUGCAGUGAUCAAGGACUGGAUGGCCAAUGACGGGACAUUCCUGUACACCUAUCAUGGGAACAUGAGACUGGGACUGGACCAAGACUGUCCUCUUGAGAUUGCCUCCUUCUCCCAGCCAGAGUGUGUGAAAAAGACAAAUGUGAAAUAUGAGCUGUAACACAUAGGCAACAUACAGUUGUAUUAGAGCAAGCCGCACGUGAGCCUUUGAAAGUUGGUUAACCUGGAAAUUUCUGUAACGUGUUUUUUGGUGAGCAAAACUCAGACGCAUGCGCAGUAUAAUUUUGAAAGCCGC